CAAUUUUAUAUUUUUGUUGUCAUCAAAGUGAAAAGUCAAAAACAAAAACUCCAUUUAAAUUUUUAAAAAUUGUUUAUUUACUUUUUAUAAAUUUAACAUAAUUAAAUAAUUAAAUUUUUUCAGAUAAGUGAUAAUUCUGGUAAUAAAUUUUUUUAUUAAAUAAGAUAAAUAAAAAUGGCUGAUGAAGAAAAUGUAAAAGAGUACCGGUGGGAAACCGGCUACGAGAAAACCUGGGAGUCGAUACAGGAAAAUGAACACCGAGGUAUUGACAUUUCCGUGGCGGAUAUUAUCCACAAGGCGAAAAGAAAACGUCAGAUGGAUAAAACUGGAGGAGCGAGGCUGGGUAUGAUGAGACAUCUUUAUCUCAUACUAGAUAUUUCCGAAGGAAUAACGUCGCAGGAUUUAAAACCAACUCGAUUAAUUUGUACAGUCAAACUCCUAAAAGAAUUCAUUGAAGAAUUUUUCUAUCAAAACCCCAUAAGUCAACUGGGAAUAAUUGUUACGAAGAACAAGAGAGCUGAGAAAAUAAGCGAAUUGUCUGGAAAUAUUAAAAAACAUCUCAAAGAAGUCACAGGUUUAUUAAAUUCAACGCAACUCAUUGGUGAGCCAUCGUUACAAAACUCAUUAGAAUUAGCGUUAAGUUCAUUAAAAAAUUACCCAACACAUGCGAGUCGUGAAAUUCUUCUGAUAAUGUCUUCUCUGACGACAUGUGACCCAGGAGAUAUCAACAAGACUAUUCAGAGUUUAAAAACAGAAGGAAUAAGAUGCAGCGUGAUUGGUUUAGCAGCAGAGAUUUAUAUUUGCAAACAAAUGGCAGUAGUGACUGGAGGUGAACAUGGAGUUAUUCUAGAUGAUAAGCAUUACAAAGAGCAAUUAAAAGCUCAUGUUGAUCCGCCGCCAGCAGCAAUGAGACUUGACGCAGCUCUAGUUAAAAUGGGAUUCCCUCAUCAGACGAUAUCUUCUGGCACUGAUACUUCACUGAGUGUCUGCAUGUGUCACGCUGAUGGUACAGACGAGUCGUCAAAAUUAACGAAUGCUGGUUAUCUCUGCCCGCAGUGUCUUAGCAAACAUUGCGAAUUACCAGUUGAAUGUAAAUCCUGCGGCCUUACUCUGGUAUCAGCUCCACAUUUAGCUCGGUCUUAUCACUAUUUAUUUCCUGUCAAACAUUUCCAAGAAGUGACGUUUGACGGCACGACUCUAUUUUGCUACGGUUGUCAAAAACAAUUUAACGAUACCGAUAAAAAGAUUUUCAACUGUGAAAAAUGCACUCAAUCUUUUUGCAUCGACUGUGAAAUUUUUAUCCACGAGUCUUUGCACACGUGCCCAGGAUGUGCCAGCAAUGCGUCUUCUUAUCAGCGUUCCAAAGAAGAAAUUAAUACGUAGAAAAAAAGUGAUUAUAAACGCAAGUUUAUUUUUUUACUAAGUAUAUCCUAUGGAUAUUUGCGUGUAUUAAUUUUAAUUGUUCAAUUAAUUACUCAGUAGAUGAUACAAUAAAAAUAUUAAAUG